AUGAGUAUAGGUUCAUCAAAGGAUAAGAAGAAGAAGCAAGCCAAGCAGAAGGAAGCAUUAGCACUUCUAAAGCAACAACAGGAUAAGAAGGAUAAGAGAGAUAAGAAUACAAAGAGUACAAAGAGUGAUACUUCUUCAUCUGCUUCAUCUUCCAAUAACAAGGGUGACCAACAGGUCAUCAUUGAGAUUGAUGAUAAGGGCACGACACUCACACUCAAGUUGUUCGAUGGAGCAUAUAUAUGCACUGGAUGUCUGAGUCAAUAUCAUCUUGGACAAAAGAAGAAGAGCGGUUUGACGAAUGUCAAUGUUUCAAAGCUGAAGUUGGAGUGCUCGAUGUGUGGCACCGCUGAGCAUUCACUUGCAGAGGAGCGCAGGAAGGAGACAUCAGAGUUGCAAAGGGUAUCAAAGAACUCAAUUGGCAGCGGCGUCAAGGGUCUUUCAAACUUGGGCAACACAUGCUUCUUCAACUCAAUUAUGCAGAAUCUGACACAUGUCAAUGCAUUGCGCGAUGCACUUCUUGUACUCCCUGGCUCAUCGGACAGCAGCGUGCGCUGCACCGAGGCACUCACAAUGGAGAUGCACUACUUCAUGAUCAAGAUGUACAAGUUGCACACCCCUCACAUCUCCCCAAGUGCAUUGUUCUCAGUUGUUAGCAAGAAAUCACCAAGAUUCCUUGGAUUCAAACAGCAGGAUGCACACGAGUUACUGCGUUGCUUGUUGGACAUUCUGAUAUCUGAGGAACAAGUGUCCGCCAAGUCCAAGCGCGAUCCAACAUACAUUGACAAAAUCUUUGGUGGACGCCUGAUCAGCGUGAUCACAUGCUUCCAUUGUGGAAAUGUUUCAAAGACAUACGAGCCCUUCCUUGAUCUGUCAUUGCCAUUGCCAAGCGGCCCGGCAUCAUCGGCACACUCUGGUGCACUGCCUCACGUUGUCAAUCGUGUUAUCAAGCAACACUCACCUCUUGACGAUCUGCCGCCUUAUGAUGAGGAUGACAAAGAAGAUGCAUCAUCGUCAACAACAGUACCAAACGGACCACGUGGUCCACGUGUUUCAAAGCAUCAAGCCAAGAAACAGCGUGCAAAGGAGAGGAAGGAGCAAGAGCGUUUGGCCCAAGAGAUGGCCACUGAAGACGAUAUGGUCAUGGGAUCUCUGGUGGACGUAGAUGAAGUGGAGAUCAGUAGGAUCGUCGAACAACAACUGAGUCUUGACAUUGCAAACAAGGCAGAUCCAUCAGCCACAACACAAGACCAAACAGAGUCUGACCAAUCAGCGCCUUCCCAGACUCAGGAUGGUGCUGACAUCAGUGCACCCAGGGUCGUUGACGACAAAGAUGUUGUGGCUAAGGAGCACACAUCUGAUAACACUGCAGUACCAGCACCCGAGCCCACACCUGCAUCCACUAAGGUCGAGCCAGCUGUAUCAACUCCAUCCCCACCAGCAUCUCCGAUAGUUGGACCUACUUCUCCAGUCGACUUGUCUGUGUCGACAGAAUUUGAAUUGUUGAACAACUCUGGCACACAUCCAACCACUCCCACCGUCACCACGACCAAGGACAUCGAUACCUCAUUCCACAGCGAGCAACAACUCUCAACGUACAACCUAAUCGAGAACUACGAGUGCACAGAGGACCCCGAGCCUCUUAUGGACGAGCAACAAGCUCAGAAGAUUGUGAAGGAGUUUGUCAAGCUGGGCAAGGAGUCGUCGUCAUCAUCGGACAAGGAUGUACAGGUUAAUGCCAUUGAUUUGAGACAGAACGUGCCAUCCGAGGCAAGAUCACUGGACACUCUGCUGUCCUGUCUGAUGCAGUUCACAAAUCCAGACAAGCUGGAGGGCGAGAAUGGAUUCAUUUGCUCGCGUUGCACUUCACAUGCCAAGAAUGCCAAACUCAACAACAGCAGCAACAGCAUAACAAUUGAAGAUAUUGGUGUCAGCACCAGUGUUAUCAUACCAGAGUAUGACUCCUCAGUCAUCCUUGACAGGAAGGAUCAAGUCCUUGAGCCACUGGUCGAUGAACAAAAGGUCGACAAUGUCCAGACUAUCGACAACAUCCCCACCGUGUCAAGUAUCGAGACAACUGUCAAUGAUGGCCUCACAGUCACAGCUCAGCCAGAGGCUCAAGUCGAUGCCAUUCCUGAGGCCCAGCCCGUUGCAGUACCAAUCACUCCAGCAUCACCCUUGACAUCACCAACAUCGCCAGAGACUGCCGAGGACGCAAAGCCAGCCGCAGGAAAGAAGAAGAAGAAUAAGAAGAAGAAGUCAACCGAUGUUACAACACCAACAACAGCGACAACAACAAAAAAGAAGCAGCAGGAGGAGGAGGUGGUAAGAAGGAAUGCCAGCAAGCAGUACCUCCUGGCCAACACCCCGCCCUACCUGACAAUUCACCUCAAGAGGUUCAUGCAGGUGCGAAAUGGAUUCCAGAAGAAUGGAAAGCACAUAACGUACCCUCUUACUCUUGACCUGACAGCGUUUACCGAUCAAUCACACGAUUCCGACCAGUACCGUUACCGACUCAAUGGUAUUGUGGAACACAGUGGUGGCAUGGGCAGUGGCCACUACGUCGCCUACGUCUACGACGACUCGCAGGACAGGUGGUACUACGUGUCGGACAGCACAUACCGUCAUUGUUCCCUUAGCGAUGUAUUACAGAGCCAGGCCUAUAUCUUGUUCUACAAGCGAGAGAGCAUUUCUACAAACCACAACAACAGCAGCAGCAACAACAGUGCAUCUGUUGUUGACAAUGGUUCCAGCAACAGCAACAGCAACAGCAACAAUGAUGACAGCGUUGCAGAGGAUACUAUAAAGGAUACAGAGGACCAGAUGGCGAGUACAACAACGACAGAUGAUACUGAGGAUGAGACAGACAAGCAACAACCAGCUACCAGCACCAGCCAAUUGGACGAACAACCAACAAUUACCAAUAAUAUUAAUAACAAUGAAUAA